AGAAAAUUUUUAAUUUCUAGCUAGUAACCGUCAAUUAGCCUGUCACCAGCUUCUUCUUCUUCUUACAGAACCCAUACAAUGAAAAUCCAUCAGCUCCUCCUCUUCCUUCUAGUGCUCUCUGUCGCCGGCAUAGACAAUGGAGAAAUUGCUGUUCAAUUGGACCCGGCGGCGGCAAUGCCAGUAGUUCACCGGAAGGUGCCGGACAAUGAGACAGUGCACCAAGUGUCUAAACAGUUAUGUUGGGGUUGCAUAGGUGAGUCCCUACAGUUCUUGUAUGCUCAUAACUUGGUUAGGGCAUCAAAAUGGGAGCUCCCUCUAAUGUGGGAUUACCAACUAGAGAAAUAUGCGAGAUGGUGGGCAGGGCAGAGGCAAGGAGACUGUAAAUUGCAACAUUCUUUCCCAGAGGGUGACUUCAAGCUAGGUGAGAACAUAUAUUGGGGUAGUGGCUCUAGUUGGAACCCUACAGAUGCUGUGUCUGCAUGGGCUGAUGAAGAGAAGUACUAUAACUAUGUGACUAACACAUGCCAAGCUGGACAAAUGUGCGGCCACUACACGCAAAUCGUGUGGAGGAACACUCGACGGAUUGGAUGCGCUCGUGUCCUUUGCAACGAUGGCGAUGUUUUUAUGACCUGUAAUUACGAUCCAGUGGGUAAUUACAUUGGUGAGCGCCCGUAUUAACUACUAAGUCAGGGUUGUAGGUUUUUAGGGUACUAUAUUAGUAAUUUGAACUCUAGUAUUGAAUUAUUGAUCUCCGGGGGUUGGUGGUUGAAAGUAAUGAUACAGGGGGAUGCAUAGAAAAACUAUAUUUGUGUUACUGCAUAUGAAAGAUAUAACUAAGUGAAGAAGUAGCUAUUACUCUA